CCCGCAUUGUUUUCCGGGUAGCGCGAGCCGCUGGGCUAGGGUUCCGGACGGUGGGGCGCCGGCGCGGACUAGCCUUCCUCCGUCUCGCGCUUGUGGGUCGUGGUUGCCCAUCGCCUACUGCAGGCCUAGCCCGAGGCCUCCUUCGCUUUCUGUGUCCCUCGCGGGGCCUCGCCGGUUCCCAAUGCCGGGCCUUGGGCCCUGGGCAGUGUGAUGCUGCCUGAGUGCGACCCAGGACACCGCUUGGGCCACGCGCGAGGCUGGCUAGAGCGGAAUCGCUCGCUGCUGUCUUCCCGCUCCCUCCCAGGCGACCCCAAGGUAGCGUUUCCCGGGAGCAGCAGCCCUUUCUGAGGGGAUGGGCGCAGCCAGGCCAGAUGGACGACAAGACCAAGAAAGCAGAGGAGAUGGCCCUGAGCCUUGCCCGGGCAGUGGCUGGCGGAGAUGAGCAGGCUGCUAUCAAGUAUGCCACCUGGCUGGCAGAGCAGCGGGUACCCCUCAGGGUGCAAGUAAAACCGGAGGUCUCCCCAACACAGGACAUCAGGCUCUGUGUGAGCGUGGAGGACGCUCACAUGCACACCGUCACCAUCUGGCUCACAGUGCGCCCUGAUAUGACAGUGGCCUCCCUCAAGGACAUGGUAUUUCUGGACUAUGGCUUUCCACCCAGCCUGCAGCAGUGGGUGGUUGGACAGAGGCUGGCACGAGACCAGGAGACCCUGCAUUCUCACGGCAUUCGACGGAAUGGAGACAGUGCCUAUCUCUACCUGCUGUCGGCCCGCAACACCUCACUCAACCCUCAGGAGCUGCAGCGGCAGCGGCAGCUGCGGAUGUUGGAAGAUUUGGGCUUCAAGGACCUCACCCUGCAGCCACGGGGCCUCUUGGAGCCUGUCUUUCCCAAGCCCAGGGCCCACCAGGAGCCAGGGCAGCCAGAUGCAGCACCAGAGUCGCCACCGGUGGGUUGGCAGUGCCCUGGCUGCACUUUCAUCAACAAACCCACACGGCCUGGGUGUGAGAUGUGCUGUCGUGCAAGGCCUGAGACCUACCAGAUACCUGCCUCAUACCAGCCUGAUGAGGAAGAGCGAGCACGCCUGGCUGGUGAGGAGGAGGCGCUGCGCCAGUACCAGCAGCGGAAACAGCAGCAGCAGGAGGGGAACUACCUGCAGCACGUGCAGCUGGAGCAGAGGAGCCUGGUGCUGAACGCCGAGCCUGCUGAGUGCCCUGUGUGCUACUCAGUGCUGGCACCCGGUGAGGCCGUGGUGCUGCGUGAGUGUCUGCACGCCUUCUGCAGGGAGUGCCUACAGGGCACCAUCCGAAACAGCCAGGAGGCGGAGGUAUCCUGCCCCUUCAUUGACAGCACCUACUCAUGCCCCGGCAAGCUGCUGGAGAGGGAGAUCCGGGCGCUCCUGUCGCCUGAGGAUUACCAGCGCUUCCUAGACCUGAGUGUGUCCAUCGCAGAGAACCGAAGCACCUUGAGCUACCACUGCAAGACCCCCGACUGCAGGGGCUGGUGCUUCUUUGAGGAUGAUGUCAAUGAAUUCACCUGUCCUGUGUGCUCCCGUGUCAACUGUCUGCUCUGCAAGGCCAUCCAUGAGGGCAUGAAUUGCAGGGAGUAUCAGGACGACUUGGCCCUUCGGGCUCAGAAUGAUGUGGCUGCCCGGCAGACAACGGAGAUGCUGAGGGUGAUGCUGCAGCAAGGCGAGGCCAUGCACUGCCCACAGUGCCGGAUUGUGGUACAGAAGAAGGAUGGCUGUGACUGGAUCCGCUGCACUGUCUGCCACACUGAGAUCUGCUGGGUCACCAAGGGGCCACGCUGGGGCCCUGGGGGCCCAGGGGACACCAGUGGGGGCUGCCGCUGCCGGGUCAAUGGAAUUCCUUGCCACCCUAGCUGUCAGAACUGCCACUGAGUUGAAGAUGGUGGCCCUCAUUUGUAGCAGCGAACAAGUAGGGCUAGGACAGAGGCUUUAGCUCUGGUUUGUCUAGCAUACCCUGUAAGCUUGGCCCAGGAGAAGUCCCUGAGCUGCGCUGUCAGCCUGCUUGCUGUGCUACAAGAGCCCAGCUGAGCUGGUGCUAUGGCAGUCCUAUUGCUUGUGUUGCUUCCAGGGGUUGCUGACAGAUCUCAGUCUUUGAGCUGGACACCCUACCCUCACUAGCCACCAGCCUUAAACACAGCCUUGGCCGAAGGCCUGGCUGGCUAGGCUCUGGGCCUCCAAGUGACUUUGUUCUCCCCUAGCAUGCUCCCUGAGGACUCACAGCCUCACCCUUUGCCUUGCUUUCUGGGCACUUUUGCUGCUAUUGCUUUUGAAGGCCUGGCACUUCUUAGGGCUGAUGUGAACCCAUUCUGGGCCUCAGGGCCCAGGUAGAUUUGUUAGUUCCGGAAACAUAGCCCAUGGGGGAUCUGGCUCUGCAUUUCCUUCUUUGAGUAAGUGGAUUAAAGUGGUUUUCCAGAAA